UGCUAUGGCAACCGUUUGAGCAACGACGCGACAAACUCGACGACCUGCGGGAGUAUGUAUUCACAUUCCGUUUCCGUGAUAUUUUUUAAUAUAGGUGAUAAAUGAGUUCCUUAAACACAAGACAGUACACAGCUAUUGUAAUACUGCAAUAUGUUUUAUUAUUUUUUGACGUUUGCGUGAAUUCAUUUGCGAGCUUUGCCAGACAACACCCAACGGAUCUGCUUGUGCUCUAUGUGAUUCAAGAUUUUUGUCUCAUCGUGGCUCUGACGUUGCUCUUAGUAAACUUCUUUUCUACUUAUAUUUUUCAGGCAGGUUUGAUACAACUGCUAUACACGAGAUUCCGCAUGACAUUAGUAUUAUGCAUUAUAUAUAUGAUAUUAUCAAUAAGUUUGCAUACAUGGCACAUUACUAUACAUUGGUCAGUACCAUUAAAACAUUAUUGGACAAACGGAUUUCACAUUCUUUAUUCUGCACAUAGAACAGUUGCAGUGCUAUAUUAUUACUUUUACAAAAGAGCAUCUUUAAGGAUCGGUGAUCCAAGAUUUUACAAGGGUUCUGCAUGGGUACAAAAACAACUGAGUAUUUCAUAACUACAUAUCAAUAAAAUUCAAUACGCACAAAGGAUAAUUGUAGCUUUGAUAAAAUAUAGACAUAUGUAUAAGGAUAUGUGUAUUUCAAACUUACAGCUUAAGCUACUUACAUGAUAUCUUUGCAUAUGUACAAAUUAUAUGAUUAUAUCAUACAGAUGAAGUGACGAGUGAGAGAGAUUGGUAGAUAUAUGUUUGAGCAUAUUCAAUUCUAAAUUUAUACAUUAUACAUUGUACAAUUUAUAUACAUUAUAUAAAAAAAACUUUACAAACUUUAUACAUGUACGUAUAUAUUUUUUGAAAGCAGAAAGAGAUGUGAUUUUAUAUAUUGAUUAAAAUAAUUGUACCAAUGUACGCAUCUUCAUUCUUUGUAAUCUUAGAUUAUCCUUUGCGUUUAUUUAGGGCCAUCACACUAAGCAACAGGCAAUAGGAACAGAAAUAAUGAAAGAGAGAAAGAGAGAAAAGAUCUCUCUUUCUUUAUUUCUUGUUCCUAUUGCCUGUUGCCUGGCAUUGUGUGAUGGCCUUUAUUUUGUCGU